AUGAAACUUCUAUAUUUAUGGGGCUUAUCAGUGCACCAGGGCCACAGCGAGCCCUUGAUGCAAUUUGUGAGCGACCUGGGUGCCAUCGCGCCCGAAGCCAACAUAUUCACCAUGGUGAUGGCCAUGGAGGCCACCAUGGUAUUUCUAUUCAGCGCCAUAAGACACGGCGGCCUAAAGGCAUACAUACAGUCAAACACCGCUAACAUUAACUACAAUAACAACAACUACGACAACGACGCGAAAGUGACGGCACACCGACUGACACAGUAUAACAAGUGGUCACUCGUAAUAGGGCUGGUGUUCGGGUGGGCACUAAUGGGCACCGCCUCCUUUCGCACCUCCGAGGGCAUUAUUGUGCUUGUUGUUCAUGGCUUUCACGCCUGUAUCGGUUUCUCAUUGAUUAUGCUCGAUAUGGGCCUCCAGAGUGAGAUAGCCUACGCGCGGGGCCGGCCCUGGACGGGGCGGUUCCGGCGAUUCCUGGCCGUCGUAUCGUUUACCCUGAUAUUGGUGAUGAUGGUGAUGAUGGGCUGGUCGCUGUUGGAGCUAGAUAAUCCGUUUCACUUUAUGAAUAUUAACAUCAGGAUGCGCUGGAGUGAGAGUCAGCCUGGUUAUUUGCCCCACGUCAUAUCGGCGUUCCUCGAGUGGGCAGUGAUUUUGAUUGUUUGCCCCUAUUUUUGGACAUUUAUUUCCGAGUUUAAGGGAUAUUCCCUUUCAUUCAAAGUGGAAAAUAAGCGAAAAGAAUUACAAACAGAUGUUUGAGAUUUUUAUUGUUUUUAUUUAAAUAUUUUUCAUUUUUGAUAUUUUAUUUUGAGAGAGAGAGAGAGAGAGAGAGA